AUGGCCGAAUUAAAGCAGAAGAUGAGCGCAAUCAAGUGGGAAGAGAAGGAAUUCUCUGUCACGGUUGAGAAGGUUGAUAUCCCAAAGAUUGAACACCCCCUCGACUCGCUUAUUCGUAUCACGAGCAGCGCGAUAUGUAUAGACAGCCACCUAAAGCCCGAAAUUCCAAGCUGAUAUGCCCCAGGUGGAACGGAUUUGCAUACAUACAAUGGACUAAUCCCUAUGGACAAGCACCUCACCUUCGGACAUGAAAAUAUUGGCAUCGUUGAAUCCAUUGGUAGCGCUGUCUCCACCGUAAAAGUGGGAGAUCGUGUGGUAGUCUGUGCCAUAGAGCAUUCUGUUCAGAGUAAUGGAGGGUCCGCACUACAAAUAUCGUUUGGUUGUGGCGAUUACGGACUCGACGUACCGCAAGUUGACGGUAGACAAGCAGAGUUUAUGCGGGUUCCAUUUGCCGACGACAAUCUUCUGGUUGUUCCAUCUGGUAGACAGCAUGAGUUGGAUUACCUGCUUCUUGCUGACAUAUGGCCAACUGCUCGGUUUGGCUUGGAGUCAGCUGGACAAGUGGCUGGCGAUAUCGUCGUGGUUUGGCGCAGGUAACUCACAGUCUUCUCACUAUAAUCAUUUCUUGGCUGAAUUUUGUUUUUGCAGGACCGGUCGGAUUACUCGCUGCUUACUCGGCUUUUCUCAGAGGCGCUGCGAAAGUUUACAGCGUGGACAGGGUGCACGGACGCCUCAACAUGGCAAAGAGCAUUGGUGCAAUUCCUAUUGACUUUAGCAAAGGCCCUGCCGAUUCUCAAAUUAUGAAACUUGAACCCAACGGCGUGGACCGAUCCUUGGACUGUGUUGGUUUGAAUGCGUUGAUUCAACUGGACGAAAUGUCGAGAACCUAGUGCUUACUCAAGCCGUAAAUGUAACAAGGGUCGAUGGUGGAAUUGGUUUGGUUGGGGUGUGGACCACGAAUGAUGUUGGUAAGUAUCUCUUUAAAGAUUCUCCCCCAUGCUGGUAUUAAAAUCAUUCACAGGAGACUCGACCCGAGGACGAGAAGAGGGGGGUGGUGCCUCUCCCAAUUGGCCAAAUCUUGACAAAGAGUUUGUCCAUCAGAGGAGGGCCAGCCAAAAUUCAGCUAUAUCAGAAUGUGCUCAAAAAGCUCAUCGACAAUGGGAAGGCAAAACCCAGUUUCGUUUUCACAGAUGAGGUCAGAAUUGAGGAUGGUCCAAAGGCGUACAGAAAGUUUGCGGAUAAGAAGACCAUCAAGGUCAUUUUCCGUUUUGACGGGCAUUGAGUUGAAGAGUUGUCCUAUGAUUCCAUUAACGCUGUCAUGGUCGAUAUCGCUUGCGUCUAAUCAUUCCUUAUAGAUCGAGUUGUAGAAGAG